GUUUGUCGUUGAGUCGAAGAGAGAGAUUUGUUGUAGUACGUGUAAGGAACGGUGUUAGCCAAGGCAAUUUUCACGAUCUUGCAGUUUGAUAAUUAUUUUCCCUGAUUAACAAGGCAGUAAUGAGCUCUAAGUCUAACGAAGUAAUGUCAGAUAAAUUCGGAUACUCAGAAGAUGAACAUUUUGCUACAAAAGCUAUUCACGAAGGUCAAGAUCCUGCCCAAUGGACACAUAGAGCAGUGGUGCCACCAAUAUGUGCAGCAUCCACAUUUCAGCAGUUCUCUCCUGCGAAACAUGCGGGAUUUGAGUAUGGGAGAAGUGGUAACCCCACCAGAAAUUGUCUUGAAAAGUGCUUGGCUGCUUUAGAAGAUGGAAAAUAUGCACUGUCCUUUGCCUCAGGAUUGGCAGCUACCCUUUCAAUAACUCAUCUUUUGAGUAGUGGCGAUCAUGUCAUUUGUUUUGAUGAUGUAUAUGGAGGAACAAACAGGUAUUUCAGAACUUGUGCUAAUAAAAUGGGAGUGGAGAUAUCUUUUGUAGAUGCCAGAGACCCUGUCAAUGUAAAGGAUGCUUUUAGAAAUAAUACUAAGAUGGUAUGGAUGGAAACCCCUACAAACCCAACCAUGAAAUUAGUUGAUAUCCGAGCAGUGUCUGAAGUUGUCAAAAAACAUUCUGGAGCAUUCAUGGUUGUAGACAAUACUUUCAUGUCUUCCUACUUCCAGAGACCGUUGAGUCUAGGAGCAGAUAUUGUCAUGCAUUCAUUAACUAAAUACAUGAAUGGUCACUCUGAUGUGUUGAUGGGUGCAAUUAUGACCAACAGAACUGACAUCUGGGAAAAACUGGCGUACCUUCAAAACUCUCUUGGUUCUAUCCCAUCUCCGUUUGACUGUUUUCUGGUCAAUCGUGGACUCAAGACUCUUCAUGUGAGGAUGGAGAAACACAUGGAGAAUGGUUUAGCUGUAGCAAGGUUUUUGGAGUCUCAUCCACUUGUUGAUAAAGUACUUCAUCCUGGUCUACCUAGCCAUCCUCAACAUGAGCUUGCCGUACGACAGUGUACUGGAUUUAGUGGAAUGGUUUCAUUUUACAUCAAGGGAGGUCUGCAGCAAGCAGAAGAGUUUAUCAAGAAUCUAAAGCUCUUUACUCUAGCUGAAAGUUUAGGAUGUAUAGAAAGCCUUGUGGAAAUUCCAUCUCUUAUGACUCAUGCAUCUCUACCGAAAGAGCAUAGAGAAAAGUUAGAAAUUUCGGACAAUCUAAUCCGUCUGUCUGUUGGCCUUGAAUCAACCAAGGAUCUUUUACAAGACAUUAAUCAAGCUCUAAACAAAGCUGGAGAAAUAGGCAAGCAGUAGAAGAAAAAGACAAACUGAAUCCUUUGAUAAAGAGGUUAAAUAUUUCAUUUCAACCUAUUUUCCAGUUUUGUAUGGGUAUUUUGGUACUUAAAUAUACUUUUAUAAGCUGAUUGAGCAUUGUUCUUCAAACAUAUGACUUAAUCAUGUUUUAUUGGUUUUUAUUAUUAAUGCAAAAUUAUCAGAUUGACUAUUUACUGUGGUACAUUCCUGCUGUGUUGAGUCGGUGUUGGUCAACAUUUCUUCCAACUACCAUGCAUAUGCUGGUGGUUAUACAAUGUUUUUCAACUGUCUAAGAUGUUACACCUACAAGUUUGAGCUUUGGGUCAUUUUAGUUGCCAAAUCACUUUAAAAGAAUUGUUGUGAAAACAGACAGUAGAUAUUUUAUACACAAGUUAAUCUAUGUUGGCUAGUAUAGUAAUAAAAUACUGUUACGUUUCUGUUCCUUUAUUAAUUUUCCGUAGAAAUUCUUUCCGAGAAACUUCAGCGAUACAAGUCCUUUCUUAAAUAAAACUAGUUUAUUCUUUCUCAUUACAAACUUUGUAAUACACUUAAUUUCCACAGUCACUUUAACUUAAACACACGCUAUAAUUCACAACGAUUCACGAGCAUUACUUAUGGUGCCUACCACCCGCUUGACUCAAAUAUUCGUGUCUAUAUCUUCAAUCUCUCUAUCUGCGAUUCCAAUUCCGAUUAAUUGUCUCGCUUUAUCUGGCGUGCUUAUAUACAGGAAUAGAGGGCGUCUAGCAAAUACUGGAUUAUUCUUGAUGUUCCCCGAUCCUUCUAGAAACUCAUUACGUGUUACCAGCAUCACAUGACUUCCGCUGUCGUAACAAAACUUUUAAAAUAAGUUUAUAUAUUAGCACAAAAUUAUCUUGUGCACUAUCUGUACCGAGUCUGUAAUGAGGAUCAAACCCUAAAUUCUAGUGUUACAAGUUUACUUCUGAGCCACUGAGGUACAAUUUUAAAAUACAGCUGUUGAAAAAUCUAACACUAAUAGAUAUAGAGUUUCACUAUUUCAAUCAGUAUGUUUUAUAUAGACACUUACAACAGUUAUACUUUGAUCUAUUUCGAUGAACUAGCUUUACAAACUAUUGUCUCAUUCUUUUAAGUUACCAGUUAAAUUGUUUUUUUUAAGUGUAUAUUUUAUUUGUAUGACAAUUUUUGAUUAAGAUCUUAGUGUCAUACAUUUAUUAUAUAAGUGUACACAAUAUCCUCACAUGUGUUAACAUGUUUAAAUUUUUUUUAACUUAAGUACUUAUUUCUUUUCAACCAGUGACAGAUUGAUCUCUUUGUAUAGCAACAUGUAUCAAAGCUUAUAUUACAUAGUAAAUGAAAAUGUUUGAAAACUG